UAUACUCCCUUCCCAUUCUUCUUGAGCUACUCAAACUACUAAUCACUUUCUUAAUUGCAUUUUGCUUUCUUGCAAACUUCUCUUCUUUCUUUCUCUACACACCUUCAUUAUAUCUUUACUGGCCUCUUACAAACAAAGAAAAAUUUUCCCUGGAGAACGAGCACAAUAAUUUCAAGACUACUCCAGGGAAUUAGCAAGAAGACAGGACCAAGAAAUGGAGAUUAAUCGAGAAAAUCAACGCGAAACCUGGUAUUCCGAGUCAGAGAGCAAUAGCAGCAGCAGAAGAGCCGGCUAUAGCGGUCCGAUGAGCGGUCCUUUAGUGAGUAACAACAAAACCAGCAAGAAAAGUGCAAGAUUCAAAGAAGACCAAGAAUACGUAGAAAUAACACUAGACGUACGAGAUGAUGCCGUUUUGGUGCAGAACAUAAAGGGAGGAGAUUCAGAAACAACGUUUCUAGCGAGCCAACUGGAGAAGAAGCAUCAUCAUCGUCCUUCACUAGGAUCUCAGCUCUCGUUUCGACUGAGGCAAGUUUCACAGGAGCUCAAGAAAAUCACAUCUUCCAAUGCUUUUGAUAAAGUUGAUAGAAGUAAAUCAGGAGCUGCUCGUGCUUUGAAAGGGCUCAAGUUCAUGACCAAAAAUGUGGGAACUGAAGGUUGGUCUGAAGUGGAAGCAAGGUUUGAUAAAUUAUCCAUUGACGGUGCUCUGCCCAAAACUCGGUUUGCUCAAUGUAUAGGGAUGAAUGAGUCGAGUGAAUUUGCUUUUGAAUUGUUUGACGCAUUGGCUCGAAGAAAAGGGAUAGUUUCAGCUUCAAUAAGCAAAGCCGAAUUGCGUGAAUUCUGGGAACAAAUUACUGACCAGGGAUUUGAUGCUAGGCUUCAGACUUUCUUUGACAUGGUGGACAAAAAUGCAGAUGGAAGGAUCACAGAGGAGGAAGUGCUAGAGAUUAUUGCUUUGAGUGCUUCAGCUAAUAAGUUAUCAAAGAUUCAAGACCGUGCAGAGGAAUAUGCUGCUCUGAUCAUGGAAGAACUAGAUCCAGACAACCUUGGAUACAUUGAGCUAUACAACUUGGAAAUGCUACUUCUCCAAGCUCCAAGCCAAUCAACAAACCUUGUAACAGAUAGUCGAAUUUUAAGCCAAGUACUAAGCCAAAAGCUUGUGCCAACCAAAGAGCAGAAUCCAAUUAAGAGAGGUUAUAAGGGAUUAGCCUACUUCAUUGAGGACAACUGGAAGAGAAUCUGGGUGAUGGCAUUGUGGCUUGGAAUUUGUGCUGGUCUCUUCACAUGGAAAUUCAUCCAAUAUAAGCAUCGAGCCGUUUUCGAUGUCAUGGGCUAUUGUGUCACCACAGCUAAGGGCGCUGCAGAGACUACUAAGUUUAACAUGGCAUUAAUUCUUUUACCUGUUUGUAGAAAUACCAUCACUUGGCUUAGAAGCAACACCAAAUUAGGGGUGAUCGUUCCUUUCGACGAUAAUAUCAACUUCCAUAAGGUAAUUGCAUUUGGGAUAGCUAUUGGAGUUGGGUUACACGCCGGAGCACAUUUAACAUGCGACUUUCCCAGGCUACUGCACGCCACCGAUGAAGAAUACGAGCCAAUGAAGCCAUUUUUUGGCGAUGACCGACCAAAUAACUACUGGUGGUUCGUCAAAGGAACUGAAGGUUGGACUGGUGUGGUGAUGGUGGUGCUAAUGGCUAUAGCUUAUACAUUAGCCCAACCUUGGUUCCGCCGUAAUAGACUAAACCUCCCUAAAACCCUGAAAAAACUCACCGGAUUUAAUGCAUUUUGGUACUCUCAUCACUUAUUUGUUAUUGUCUACGCGCUCUUCAUUGUUCAUGGAUACUAUCUUUACCUCUCCAAGAAAUGGUACAAGAAAACGACAUGGAUGUAUCUGGCUAUUCCAAUGGGAUUAUACGCGUGUGAACGUUUGAUUCGUGCAUUUAGGUCGGGCUAUAAAUCAUCAGUAAGGAUUUUAAAGGUAGCAGUAUACCCAGGAAAUGUACUAUCACUGCACAUGUCCAAACCUCAAGGAUUUAGGUACACUAGUGGGCAAUAUAUAUUUGUGAAUUGUGCAGCUGUUUCCCCAUUUGAAUGGCAUCCAUUUUCAAUAACUUCUGCUCCUGGAGAUGAUUAUUUGAGCAUCCAUAUUCGUACUUUGGGUGACUGGACAUCGCAGCUAAAAACUGUUUUCUCUAAGGUCUGUCAGCCUGCAUCAAGCAAUCAAAGCGGCCUUCUUAGAGCUGAUAUAGCAAGCAGUGAUAACAAGCCUAAGUUGCCAAAGCUCUUAAUUGAUGGGCCCUAUGGAGCCCCAGCACAGGACUACAAAAAAUACGAUGUUCUCCUCCUUGUUGGGCUUGGCAUUGGAGCCACCCCAUUGAUUAGCAUAAUUAAAGACGUGCUUAACAACAUUAAGCAACAAAAAGAUCUAGAAGAAGGGAUAGUAGAAAGUGGCAUUAAGGGUAAUAAAAGAAAACCUUUUGCUACUAAACAUGCUUAUUUUUACUGGGUCACUCGCGAACAAGGCUCGUUCGAGUGGUUUAGAGGUGUAAUGAAUGAAGUGGCGGAUUACGAUCAAGAUAGAGUAAUCGAACUUCAUAAUUACUGUACUAGUGUUUAUGAAGAAGGAGAUGCUCGAUCCGCUUUGAUCACCAUGCUUCAAUCUCUUCAACAUGCAAAAAAUGGUGUUGAUGUAGUCUCUGAAACUCGUGUUAAGACUCAUUUUGCUAGACCUAAUUGGCGGAAAGUUUUCAAGCAUGUAGCUGUUAAUUACCCUGAUCAAAGAGUUGGAGUGUUUUACUGCGGUGCACCUGGAUUGACCGGAGAGUUGACAAGGCUAGCUCAUGACUUUUCAAGGAAAACUACUACCAAGUUUGACUUCCAUAAAGAGAAUUUCUAAUUUUUUUUAUAUAUAUAUUCUUUUCUUGAAAUGUAAUAUAAGCUGGUUAUUGUUAGGUUAAAAUUUCAUGUUCGGAUUUUCUAGAUUGAAAUUUGUAAUUUCUUUUUGUUGAUUAUUUUUUUUUUCCUUAUUUGAGAAGUACAGUUACAGAGAGAAUAAUAUUAUUUCUUGUUUACAGUAAAAA